ACCGUAAAGCGCAGCUGAUAAGCGGCUUUAAUCGGUUAAUUUGGCCCUGGUGGCCUUUAGCAGGCUGCAGGUAAACACAUCGGAGCAGGAAAGGUCCUCCGCAUGGUCUUUACAGGUUUUACCGGAGGAGACGUGGAUUUCCUUCACAACUUUGUCAUGAUUUCGGAAUUUUUACGCGGUUUUACCUAAACUAUGUCCGUUUUCCUUUGAGUUUUAUCGACACAAAAUGCUGUUCUUGAAGAGGACAGGUGGAACUUCAUUAGCAUUUGUUUAAUAUUGUAUGUUUCAUUUCGUAAAGACCUGUGCCCAUCGCGCUUUACGCGGAGGAUUUUUGCGUAAAGCGCGCACCGGAGCGCGCUGGAGCUCCUCAUUAAAGUCUGUCAGGGUGUGAGUGGAUUCUCUGCGAUGACCCCACAGUGCGGGGACCAGAGUCCGACCCGGCCUUCAUGAGAGCCCGCUGGCCGCGCUGCUGUGGCUCGGACCGGGACGGACCGACGAAGGAGCCGCGGCGGAGAUGGCGGCCAACGUGAGCGCAGCGGCGGAGGCGGAGGCGACGAGAUACAACGUACCAGCCCUGCUGUUUGGGGUGCUGCUGAUCGUGGUGAUCAUCUGCGGGAACCUGCUCGUGUGUCUGAGCGUGUUCACCGAGAAGGCGCUGAAGACCACCACCAACUACUUCAUCGUCAGUCUGGCGGUGGCGGAUCUGAUGCUGGCGGUGCUCGUGUUGCCGCUCUUCGUCUACUCCGAGUUCCAGGAUGGUGUGUGGACCCUCAGCACCACCAUCUGUGAUGCUCUGAUGACCAUGGACGUGAUGCUGUGCACCGCCUCCAUCUUUAACCUCUGCGCCAUCAGCAUCGACAGGUUCAUCGCUGUGUCAAUCCCUCUCAACUAUAACAGGAAGCAUGUGGACCUGCGGCAGGCCGUGCUGCUGUCGGCCACCUGGAUCCUGGCCUUGGCUGUGGCCUCGCCCAUCAUAUUUGGAAUCAACAAUGUACCGGGUCGCGACCCCACCGAGUGUAAACUAGAAAACAAUGAUUACGUCCUCUAUUCGUCUGUGUGCUCUUUUUUCAUCCCCUGUCCCAUCAUGCUGCUACUGUACUGCGGUAUGUUUCGCGGCCUGCGGCGCUGGGAGGAAGCACGUAAAGCUAAGCUGAAGAACAGCAUCCAGGCCUGCCGCAAGCUGCAGGAGGCUGCAGCCUCCCUGCCUCCUCUGGCCUCACUGCCACCACCGCUGCCACCUAUCAUAGAGCGGGAAGUGACAGAUACUCCGGAUGAACUGUCCACCUUCCAGGCCCCGGAGCAGCCCUUCCCUUCAUCUGAGUGUAAAGACGGCCCCGUGCCGACGGUGAGCUUUGCAGACAUCAAGUUCAACCCUGACCCUCGCAGGAAGAAGAGGGCCAAGAUCAACAGCCGGGAAAGAAAGGCUAUGAAAGUUCUUCCUGUUGUUGUGGGUGCCUUUCUGUUCUGCUGGACUCCGUUCUUCGUCCUCCACACGAUGCGAGCUCGCUGUCAGGACUGCCACGUCCCUCCGGCCCUGAUGAGCGUGGUGACGUGGCUCGGCUAUGUCAACAGCGCUCUCAACCCCGUCAUCUACACAGUCUUCAACACCGAGUUCAGGAACUUCUUCAAAAAGGUGCUGCACCGCUGCUGCUCCUAGAACGCCUGGAGAGGACUCCGCUGCCGCAUGGGCGAUUUUUAAACGCACAACGGCUGCAACAGGUGCUGCUUGCUGUUGAUUUAGUGUCUUAGGUCUGUGUACGUUGCCAUCGUUUCCUUCCUCUGUGAGGUUUUUAUUUUUCUACAUGCAACGACAGCAAAGUUUGUUUGAGCUUCAUGUUUCCAGUGAAGAGGCUUCCGUCUGAGGAACGAACAGUUCAUAGGAUCCGCAACACUUCUACACCACACAGCAGACGAGAACUCAUUUUAUAUGUCGAAAUUCAUCUUUUGAAAAUAAAAGUUUUCAUUAAAAGUG